AUGGCCUACCAAUUCUUUGCCAAAAGCCCAGCGCGGUCCUCAAAUCAGCCUGUCUCUCCUCCUCCAGUCCGACAGGCUCAGCCGCCUAUUCACCCGCUGCCGCCCCAGCCACCGCGCUCUGCUGUCGCGAGCCCUCGACGGGCCACGAAUGCCUCCCAGGAGCCGUUUACGCCUUACCCGGGAGAUCUCUCCGCGCACUAUGCGACUCCUCAUCCGCAUAUUACAAUAGACACGAUUCGCACCGCUCAUAUCCCUUCUUUAACGAGAAUUACGGGCUUGCUGCUGCCUAUUCGCUACCCAAACUCGUUCUACACGAACACCAUCACAGAUCCCGUUGUCGCGUCCCUGUCACGCGUCGCGAUUUACCAUGACCACCCGGUUGCUGCUGCGCCCAACCCCAGCGCCACGUCUGGAUCAGAUAAAGUGAUUGGGGGUAUUCGGUGUCGCCUGGAGAAACAAGAUCCAGACCGAGAGGUUCAAGGCCGUGUCGCGACCAACCUCUAUAUUCAAACGCUGCAUCUGCUGUCUCCUUACCGGGGCCAUGGCGUGGCUGCUUCACUAUUGAACUCGUUGAUAUUUGCAUCGCCGCCUGAUUCCAAGGGGAAAUCCCAAGUAUCCGAGAUUGUGAAGCACUACAAUAUACGCUCCGUGACCGCGCAUGUCCACGAAGCCAACGAAGAUGGCUUGAGAUGGUAUGUUGCUCGUGGGUUCAAGGUGCAGGACGGUAUUGUGGAGGGAUACUAUCGAAGAUUACAGCCUUCGGGUGCAAAGGUCGUGCGAUUAGACCUACGAUGGAAUGACGUGGCAGAUGAUCAAAGCCCAGUCACUGUGAAGAAGAAUGCCUCCCAGAGUACAGUCAGAAGUGACCCCGAUGAUGAAGGGUGGGAGAAGGUCGAGGCUGAGGACGACGAAGACGAUGAUCAUGGUGUUCAGCUAUUGGGUGAGUCCCAAGUCCUGGAUAAGGACGAAAUGACACCCUCGAGGAAGCGCAAAGCAGAGGAGGAGAAUGGAAACAUGCCUCAGCGAAGGUAG